UUAUGGGGUGAGGUUUGAGAGUCAUAUUUCAUUCAAAAGAAUCACAGGGCACAAGGCGGGCUUCGUUCAUCAGAGAUCCGACAGGCCGACUGAAGAAUGUUUGUUCCAUUGCCGAGAUUCUUAAUCCGAGGAACCAGAUCCACAUUCAUAGCCGUCUUUCCCAGCAAUUUCAUCACGCAAGACUUCAAACAUUACUUCUAGUUCAUAUUAAUGCUUCAAAUCGCCAUGUACUAGCAUUUUGAGACAUGUUCCGCGGCUGAUUUUCCGUUCAAAACUUUUCCUUCUUUAAUGGAGUUCACCGAAACCUAUAAGCAGACCGGACCUUGUUGUUUCUCUCCAAAUGCUCGUUUUCUCGCCGUGGCCGUCGAUUACCGCCUCGUGAUUCGGGAUGUUCUCUCCCUUAAGGUAAUCCAACUGUUCUCAUGCGUGGAUAAGAUAAGCUACAUUGAGUGGGCACAAGAUUCUGAAUACAUAUUAUGUGGUCUGUAUAAAAGACCAAUGAUUCAGGCAUGGUCAUUGGCACAACCCGAGUGGACUUGCAAAAUAGACGAAGGCCCUGCUGGGAUUGCUUAUGCCAAAUGGAGCCCCGACAGCCGCCACAUACUUACCACAUCAGAGUUUCAAUUGAGAUUAACAGUUUGGUCCUUAGUCAAUACUGCCUGUAUACAUGUGCAAUGGCCUAAGCAUGGUUCAAAAGGGGUAUCUUUUACAAAAGACGGAAAAUUCGCUGCAAUUUGCACAAGGCGCGAUUGCAAAGACUACGUCAAUCUUAUUUCCUGUCACACAUGGGAAAUAAUGGGCGUUUUUGCUGUUGAUACUUUGGAUCUAGCUGAUAUUCAGUGGUCGCCGGAUGACAGUGCUAUCGUGAUAUGGGAUUCAUCUCUUGAGUACAGGGUUUUGGUAUACUCGCCAGAUGGGAGAUGUCUUUUAAAGUAUCAGGCUUAUGAAAGUGGCCUUGGUGUAAAAAAUGUUUCAUGGUCUCCCAGUGGUCAAUUUCUGGCAGUGGGAAGCUAUGAUCAGAUGUUAAGGGUUCUAAAUCAUCUCACUUGGAAGGUAUUUGCUGAAUUCAUGCAUCAAAACAGCAUUCGUCCUCCUUGUACUGCUGCUGUCUUCAAGGAAGUAGACGAGCCUUUGCAGCUUGACAUGUCUGACUUAUGUCUACGGGACGAUUUCAUGCAAGAAAAUGGUUCUGAAGGUCAAAUACAGGUGAGAUAUGAUGUGAUGGAAUUGCCUGUCAACUUACCUUUUGUGAAGCCUCCAGUGGACAAACCAAAUCCGAAACAAGGAAUUGGUCUGAUGUCGUGGAGCGUCGACAGUCAGUACAUAUGCACUCGUAAUGACAGCAUGCCUACGGUUCUUUGGAUAUGGGACAUACACCAUUUGGAGCUUGCUGCUGUUUUGGUGCAGAAAGAUCCAAUAAAGGGUGUGGCAUGGGACAUUAAGUGUACCCGUCUGGUUAUAUGCACUGGCAGCCCUCAUUUGUACAUGUGGACUCCAUCCGGUGCUUACUGUAUAAACGUCCCAUUGCCAAAUUUCAUGAUAAACGAUCUGAAAUGGAAUUCAGACGGAAGCUGUCUGCUGCUCAAGGACAAGGAGUCGUUCUGUUGCGCUGCUGUCCCUUUGCUUCAGGAAUCCAGCGAAUACAACAGCUCAGAGUCCGAUGAGUGACCGACGGUGGUGGUUACUCGUUUCUUUGCAUGUAGUAGUACUAGUAGUAGAAAUUUGAUUUCCUAAUUGGUAACUAUGAUUUCAGUAAUGGGUUAUUUCAUGUAAUUCUAUUAUUUCAGCAUUUCUCUUGAAACAUGUACUAUUGAACUACUUUGUGAAAGAGCUGAAAAAAUACAAAGCCCAAAAAGGGAUCUUAUUAAUUU